UGACGUAUGAUUAGGAGUCAAUGCGGUGUCUCCGAGAGGAGCCGUACCUACACUAUUUGUAGCUACGUUAGCUCUCUUUAAGUGAGUUGACCAGUCGUGUUGUUACAGUCUGCUGGAUGCUAAAACGCAGCGGAGGUCGUUGAACUACCGCCCGGCCGCUGAAUUACGUGGUUCUUCUGGCGCAUGAUAACAGUGGAGAUGCGCUAUAAGCUUACUCAGACCUACCUGGCUGACAGCCUAUCAACUGACAGCUGUCACCGCACCUAGCUACUCAGCUCAGCUAGCUGACCCAGCAGCUACCGGCUAACAAGUGUUUUUUUUCCUGGCUAAUUUCGCCAGACAACGUUGUGGUCGCCUCACAGUGGAAAGCGGUGACUGUCGCACACGCCGGCUUGUGUUUGGUUAUUUUUCCAACAACAUUUUCACUUCGCCUGCUGUCAAAAGCAUGAGCUAACCAAGGAGCGUCGUACAGCAGCAGUGUUUGGUCUAUUUUGAAGUCCGGCUAGUUAGCUUACAUUAGCUUGAAGCUAGCUAGCUGCGCCCAUUCAAUUAUUGAAUAACUGCUAACGCCAACACUGGAGUGAACACGGUCUGUGGAUAUAUCCACAGUGACUGUUUUUUAGGUGACACUUUUUGACUUGGCUGUCUCGUGGACAACAUCUGGAGGAAAUGAAGAAAUUUUUUGAUUCUCGUCGUGAGUUGGUGAGCUCCGGGCCUGGUUCUGGAGCCGGUGGAGGAGGCUCUGGUUCCGGCGGCGGGGGUAGCUUUAUCGGACGUGUCUUCACCAUUGGAAGAUAUCAAGUGACCAUCGAGGAAAUUAUCGCAGAAGGAGGUUUUGCCAUAGUCUUUUUGGUGCGGACUCAUCAAGGCCUACAAUGUGCACUCAAAAGAAUGUAUGUCAACAAUGAACACGAUCUGCAGAUCUGCAAACUCGAGAUACAGAUUAUGAGGGACCUGGCAGGCAACAAAAACAUAGUUGGUUUCCUGGACUCCAGCAUAACUGCAGUUGGAGCUGGCGAUGUGUGGGAAGUCCUAAUCUUGAUGGAUUUCUGUCGAGGUGGUCAGGUGGUUAACCUGAUGAAUCAGCGGUUACAGACAGGCUUCACCGAACCUGAGGUGUUACAGAUCUUUUGUGACACAUGUGAGGCAGUCGCUCGUCUCCACCAGUGCAAAACUCCCAUUAUCCAUCGAGAUCUCAAAGUAGAAAAUAUUCUUUUGCACGACCAGGGACACUACGUGCUCUGUGACUUUGGAAGUGCCACCAACCGCUUCCAAAACCCUCAGACAGAGGGAGUCCCAGUCGUGGAGGAGGAAAUCAAGAAGUACACUACACUGUCAUAUCGCGCUCCAGAGAUGGUCAACCUCUAUGGUGGAACGGUCAUCACUACAAAAGCAGACAUUUGGGCCAUGGGUUGUCUACUCUAUAAACUGUGCUACUUUACACUUCCUUUUGGGGAGAGUCAAGUGGCUAUCUGUGAUGGCAGCUUCACUAUCCCAGACAAUUCCCGUUACACCCAGGAAAUGCACUGUCUCAUUAGAUACAUGCUGGAACCUGACCCAGAUAAGAGACCAGACAUCUACCAAGCAUCCUACUUUGCUUUUAAACUGGCCCGACGAGAGUGUCCAGUCACAAAUAUACAUAAUUCGCCUAUUCCUGCUAAGCUUCCUGAGCCCAUCAGAGCCAGUGAGGCAGUGGCCAAAAAGAGUCAAACCAAAGCAAGGCUUACAGACCCCAUUCCCACCACAGAAACCUCAAUUGCACCUCGACAGCGGCCUAAAGCUGGCCAGGCUCAGCCCCAGCCCAUAUCAGGAAUUCUACCCAUCCAGCCAGCACUCACUCCACGCAAGAGACCCAAUGUGGCUGCUGCAGUUCCCGCAGGGGUUGGUAUCGGUGUCCCACCUCCAGCUGCAGCUGCUGCUGCUGUACAACCUGCUCAACAGGCCCCUGCCACACAGGUUGCACCACAGACAACCAACAUGCAGCCACAGGCUACACCACAGCAUCACCAGCUCCUUAUGAAGCAACAACAAGCCUUCUUAAGUCCAUUAAAUAACCAGCAGCAUCACCUGGUACACAGCCUCCAUCACCAACCGAUGCAACAACAAACAGGGUCUCAGGCUUCUGCCCUGCUCCAGUCCAAAGCUAAACCUGUUCCUCCAGUUCUUACUCUGCAAUACCAGCAGCAGCAUGUAGUCCAUGAAACAGCCGCUCUUCAUCUCACACCCAUCCCUGAGUCUGAAGUAACUGGUCCUGCUGAUGACCCAGAGACGGCAGGCAGAGGUAUUCACAAAGUUGGCUCUUUGACACCGCCCUCCUCGCCAAAGAUGGCCCCCAAGAGUGGCCACAGACGCAUCCUGAGUGAUGUCACACACAGUGCCGUGUUCGGGGUCCCAGUCAGCAAAUCCACUCAGCUCCUUCAGGCAGCCGCAGCUGAGGCCAGCCUCAACAAGUCCAAAUCAGCCAGCACGACUCCCUCUGGUUCCCCCUGCUCAUCCCAACAGAGUGUGUAUCAUCCAGGUGACGGUGAAGCCCCAUCUGUCGUCGCCGCACCCAUCACGCAGUCCAGCUGGAAUCCCUUUGGUGAUGAUAACUUCUCCAAGCUAACGGCAGAGGAGCUGCUCAACAAAGACUUUGCAAAGUUGGCGGAGACUGCUGCGCCAGGGGAGAAGAUCACAGGCUCCAGUGAAAAUCUAAUUCGAGGGCUCACUGCUUUUCCAGCUGAAAGAUCUGCAGACAUCAUGAGCACAGGUUCAGUGUUGCUGACUGUCCCGGAUCCUUUUAAUACCCUCUCACUGUCUGACACUACAGAGAAGCUGAUCGAGGGACUAAAAUCCCCCGAAACUUCUCUGCUGCUCCCCGACCUCUUAACCCUGGCUGGCCCCUUCAAUAACUGUGCUGAGAGCUCCACCAAUGACGUAUGUGUGGAUUCACUAAUUCCUGGUUUGGAAGCCCCUCAGGCCCAGCGACAUUCAACCCAACCUGAGCUCAUCCCUACCACUAUUCCAGACUCUCUCACUGGGGAGGACUCUCUGCUGGGUUGCGAUCUGUUAUCUCACACUUCUCAUGGAAACCAGUCUGUCUCUGCUCUCCCCUCCUCCUGCUCCUCUGCUCCUCUUGCCUCCACCUCUGGACCGUGUCUGGAGGAGCUGCCACCUGCUCAGUCAGCUUCCGACUCUGCUUUCCUCAUGUCGUGUGGGGAGAGGGGCAAUGACGACGAGUUUGAUCCUAUUCCUGUGCUCAUCUCCAAAAACUCAAAUCAAGGUGGUCACUCGCGCAGCAACAGUGGCAGUUCAGAGUCCAGCAUCCCCAACUUGGCCCGCUCCCUUCUGCUGGUGGAUCAGCUCAUCGACCUCUAGAGGGGGUGGGAGAGGUCAAAGGGGCAGUGUGCAAUCCUAACAAAGGGACAGGGAGGGUAGGGGAUAGAGAUGAGUAGGCAGAGACACUUAAUGUAGCACCUUAUGAAGUGAAACACAGAUGCCAGCAUAGAUCACUUCAGUGAAAUCCUUCUCUUUAUGUGCCUCCUUGGCCUCAACUCUCAUCUCUAGUUGCCUGAUAAGCUGGUUUCAUUUAUCUCCGCUGGCCAUAAAAAAAACAUUUCCAUUAACGCCUGAGCAUAUCAUCUGCUUCUGUCCUGGCUGCACAAUGGUUUUCCUCAUACUUUCCUCAUACUUUCAUUAAUAUUCCGCACAACCCUGGUAACAAUACGUGAUCACGGCUCAUGUACUGGGCCAAACAAGCCACCUGUAGGCAUGUUCAUUUGAGUCGGGAGAAAAAAAAACAGCUUCGGACAAUACUGGAAAAUUGGGGGAUGUUCACACGCAGUGUCUUUUGCGCACACACAUUAUUUUCAAUGGAAAUGCUUGUCUGACAUGUGGACAAACUAGAUGUACAGCCCUUGCAAUGCAUUUACUUUCGGUUGCACUGAUAAUAUCUCAACGUUUUCAAAUUCAGUGAGAGGUUUUGCUGUGUCAUUUGAGCUCCGGGUGUGAACACGCAGAGAUGAGAGAUGUUUUUCCUCCAUUGUGAACAAACUGAGUCUGGCUGGCUGCCAGACGUGAACAUGACGUCGUGUCAUGGGGGUGAUAUUAGUCGGAGAAUGAUUGUAUGAGGUGAGGAUUUCACCAAAGUUUCCUUUUUUUUAACUUGAGUGAAUGACGCGUGCCAUUCACACCACCCGACCCUGCUAACUGCAUGUAUAACUGCGCCUGUGCAUUGAUUCGUAUGCAAACUUGCCACGCAAAAAAAUUUGCACAGCAGUAUUGGGGAUAGAAUGGCGAGUUUUGUUCUCUUUUUCUCCUCACACUUGUAUCAAACAGCGAAUCUGGGGUGAGGGAAAAGUGGUGCCAGGUGAAUUUGUUAAUUUAUUCAGUGAAGCUGCAGCAUCUCAUCAGCUCCCAGAUGUCGGUUGCUUAGUGACAUGACAGAAUCGCAACUUCGUGAAACUCUGUUAAUAACACUUUCUGGCUUCUUCUGCAUGUGAACAGCACCUUGCAAGCAGAAACUCAAAUAUGUUCUUUUCAAAAAUACUCAGACUCAGUAACGGCUAGAGUUUGUAUCUAAGCCAACUUAAUGUAUGUAUUAAGCUACAUAAGCUUCACCAUCACUGUAUAUCAUCACAUCUGAAUGUUAAACAGGGUAUUAUUUCUCCAAAACCUACAGUACAUAAUGUGAAUCCUGAUUCUGGUGAGGUCAGUAUUUACAUGGCUGAAUAAUCAGGAUUCUUUCAUCAUCAGCGUUAUUUACCUUUAAGACGAUUAAUGAUAUCUUUGUAUUUUUUAAUUACAUCAUCAUCAUAUAUUUUGACCUGUUGUCAUGACUAGCACAACAGAAAUAAAAGGGAACUACAUUAUUCCAUGCUAAAGCUAAUGGAAUGGUUGACUGUAAAAUGUUUGUGUUGCUUUGAUCCCAGGAUCAGUCAAGAUGAGCAUAUUUUAAACAGCAGAUGACCGACAGUCGUUACUAAGGUUUUCUAUUAUUAUUUGCGUAGGUGCUGUCAAACUCCCUCCAUCACUGACAUCCUCUCUGUCUUUCAUAGCCUCUCUCUCAAUUCUUACCACACACCUGGAGUUAAUUUGGCCAAUAUGACAUUUUCUUCUUCUUUACUUCUAAAGAGAAAGAAAAAAUCCUUCAUGUAAAUAAAAUCACACAUUUUAUUUUCUAAUUUUGCUCAUUUUUGUAGUGUAACAAAUUGAAAGCAUUUCAUCGAUCUUCAUAUGAGUACAUGUGACUAUUAGUGAUAGUGUAUGUUUGAAUUGGGAUCAUUAUAAUAUCUGUAUAAACUUGUAAGGAGAUAGAGAUAAAAAGAAAACCUGAAUAUUUGUGUAUGAAGCUGCAUUUAAGAGUGCAAUGAUGUUGACCAUGUGUUCUGUCUUUAUUCUCCAACACUUCAGCUUGUGCUUUUGUUUUAAAGGUCAUCAGUACCUGAAACAAACAAUAACUCACCUGACAGGGUAGCAUUUUCUUUAACACUGAAUUUAACAGAGCUGAUGAAGGACUUUGCUUCCUGAUAUUUCUGGAGCACCUGAUUAUGCAAGAUGCUUAUUUGGCUUCUAUAAGUACCUGUGAUCACUGGUGUUGUAUUAUAUACUUGAUAUCAUCCUUUUGUUUCCUUUUAAAGCUGCAGUGCAUAACUUUUGCUGUUAACAGUGCAUAACAGGCUCUGUCAAGCAAAACUAUCACCCUUAACUGACGUGACUGCAAUGACCCAGGUUGGCUAGGUUUUUGAGCAGUAGAAUUAACUUCUGAAACUUUUUGUGUACCUUUCUUUAGGAAUGUCACUUUUUCUGACCCAUCAUUUUGCUGCUUCUCUAAUACACCACACAUAUCAGAGUUUUCAUUACUUUAUCAACAAUUUAAGACAAUUGUUACUUUAUUAACAGUGCUGAAGGAAUCUGUAGGAGGAAAUAAACACUCCCUGAAAUCAAAGACCACAGGAGGAAGCGCCAACAGCUUUUAACUAUAAUGUAAUGAUAGUCAUGAGAUGGCAGCAUACAUUUCAUGCAUGUAAUGACAGUACAAAGUGAACUUUUAAUCCCACAUUCAAAAUAAUAUUCCAACCGUUUGCACUCAUCUCGCUUGACUACUAAAAUGUUGCUGUUGCCUCUGUCCGUUUUGACAAAUCACUUCCUGUAUGCAGGGCGAGAAUACGAUCUAAGCACGCUAUACUAAGAAACAUGUAGAGAGUGGGUAGCGUAUGACAGGCAUUUGUGUGUAUUUAAAAGUCACGCACUGCAGCUUUAAGAUCCAUAUCACCAUAUACAUGUAAAUACAAAGUGAGGACACUAUAUUUCCCCCUAACGUGCCAACAUUGUUAUUGGUGUAUAUAUAAGUAUGUCGACACUGUAAAGGUUAAUCCCAUAUAUUAACAAUAAUUAAAUAACUGGCGUAGGUGAAUAGAACCACCUUUUUUCUAUUUCUCUCAAUCUAAUGUUCAGUUUCUCUGCAUUUGCAUUUGUGUUGCUAAUCUAUGCAAACCUACAGUCAUGCUUCAUGUCCAUAUCAGACACUACAGCGCUGUAUCCUGUAUAGAUCUUGCCUUGGCCGUAGAGUUUUCCUUGUGUUGCCGUGUGAAACUCGUGAACUUCCUGUGCUAGUUAGACUGAAGUGGUUGACAGGCAUAAUAAUGCGACUUAAAUUAUAUCCCAAUGUUUGACUUGGAGUGGCAGCGGAUGUCAAAGUGGGAUCAUAAUCAAGUGUGUUCUUUUAUUUUUAUGAAUUUGGGCUGAAAAAGAGAGGCACUGAAUAAAACUUAUUUGUGUGAAUGUGAA